GGUCCAUCGCUGGGCUGUUCGGAGUGGGCAUCGCCACAGUGUGUGUUAUCGUCAGGCAGGUGACCUGGGCCAUCGUGGAGCGUCUGUACCGCUGCGUGGUGUCUCUGCCGAGCGGCCGGCGGCUGGAUGCCACCGUGGCGGCCUUCAGGGCCCGCUGCUACCCGCAGUGCGCCGGGCGCCAUCGGCAGCACUCACAUCCCCAUCGCCCCCCCCAGGGACAACCCAGACCACUACCUCAACCGCCGGGGGUGGCACUCGGUGGUGCUGCAGGCCGUGGUCGACCACAACGCCUGUUUCACGGACGUGUACGCUGGCUGGCCCGGCGGGACCAGCAGCGCCGCGGUGCUGUCCAGCUCAGACCUGUACCUGAAGGCAGAGGCUGUCCAGGACGGGACCUGUUACCUGACAGGUGAGUCCUACACCCUUUAUACCUGUUCCCCCGACAGGUGA